AUGUCUUCUCCUCCAAUUAGAGUUUUCUACAAAGGCGAUAGCGACUACAGUGUGUUUAUUGACUCCAAGGACGCUUAUGAAAAGUACAAAGAGGAUUCAACUGUACCAUUGAGUGACGUCAUUUCCGUCUACAAGGUUUUUCAUAGCAGAGUUGGUGGUAACGAGGGUGUAUUGGAUGAGGUAUCUAAUCAGCAGCUUGAAAAUGAAUUUGGCUCCUCAAGAGCAGAAGAUGCAAUCUUAAAGAUCCUCAAAGAAGGUGAAAUGAAGACCAAUGUCUCUGGCAUCCAAAAGAGAGAGUGGAGCUCAACUAACGAUGCCAAAUACAGUAGCCGUACAUAUUGA